CUGGUGAAGUGGACGAAGCGGAAAUUGAAGAUCUUUUUGACGAGUUAGAGGACCUUAGUGACUCUGGGCCAGAAGUUGACACCAUCUCCAUUACAUCGACACCAAAGCCUUCCCUACGGCCGUACUUCUCCUCCUCUAGAUCUCUACUUAACGAAGGUCUCAGUGUGCCAGGGGGUACUUACCUGCGAUUGAAGGUACCAGGUGCGUUACGACCUCGUGGUGUUAAAGCAGACAAAGUAGGAGCAGACAGGUUAAGUGAUGAGAGUAGCAAAAGAGCAGACAGUGACCAUAUGGAGAACUGGACAGACCAAGAACACUCUGAUCCCCAGUGCUUGGCCUCUUCCCCACCCAGAGAAGACAAGAAUAAGAGCAACAAGAAUAAGUUGUUCAAUAGAGAUCGCAGUAAUAUGUCUUUAAAAGAGAGGAAAAGCAUUUCAUCUACGGGCGGGUCUACACCACGACAGGAGAAGAUGGUUGUUGAACGCUCAAACUCCAGUGCCAAUGUUGAUUCUAGUCCGAGAAAGGUGUUGUUGGAACAGUUGGCACGAGUAUUACCAGUUGAAGACGUACAACUUCCCGACCAUGUGGUGCUUGUAAACACUGGAGAGUCCCACGGUGCACUACUGGCAGCACACCUCACUGAACAUGGACACAGAGUUAUCACAACAAUGGCCUUAGCCGAUGUUAAGGCCACUGUCUCCCAUCUCGUAAAUAAAUUACAGAAAUUCUGCAACAGUAAUUUAAAGGCCCCAGGCCCUAUGAAGGUGGUAGUUGUUGGGUCUGAUCUAUACAUCAGUUGUGUCUUACGGCCCUAUGUAGAUCAGUUCUCUUCCAAACCACCAGACUUCCAGAACCAUGUUAGAUUUCUCAUCAUUCCUCUUGGUGUAAAUAGUUUAGCAAAGUACUUAGGCUCCAUAGACUCUGUAUAUGGUGCAGCUUUUGUCAGUGAAUCAUGGCGAGAGGUUGUAGAGCGCUGGGAAAAGCCUGAUGUACAAGAAGUUGUUAACCGCGUCCAUCGCUACCUCACACAGGCACAGCAAACAUUACAUCUACCUAUUGCUGAAGCCAUGCUUACCUACAAGGAGAAGAGUGGAGAUGAUGAAUCAUCUCAAGCCUUUGUGCCAUUCAUUAUGGACGUACGGUUGGGCAGUGGUGAUGUCACCUCAUCUUCAGUUGACCUGGAUGACCCAACAACAGCUCCAUCUGCUGUUAUACUUCCUGGCUCUCCUCCAGCUGCAUCAACACCCACAACAGGGCUAAAUAUAAUAGAUAAAACACGUGACAACACAACUCCACCAUCAUCACCUAAUAUCAAUAGUUCACACUUGACCAACUACAAGAUGAUAUCUGAGGGCAUUGGGCAGGAACCUCUUGACCUCCAGGUUGAUUAUUGGUUAGUACGUGGAUCAAGUCGAGAGGAGAAGGAGAAGGACAGAGAAAAAGAUAAGACUCGAGUUGAAGGUGGAAAAUACACCCUUAAGACGAGCUUCCGUACUUUGCAAGUGGCUCGGUUGGCACCACUUGGUGUGGCCCAUCCAUUUGAUCCCACCACAUGUCACCACUUAACGCUCUCCUUUGCAACCAAGGAGAAAAAACAAAGAAUUAUGCGGCUUGGCAAAAAGAAGGAAAAGGAACGUGAAACAGAAAGUCGACGAGAAGUUGUGGAUGGUGUUAGCAGGUUAUUGGGUAGUGCCAAGAAUCAGCCUUUUAAAGUGAGCGUAGACUCGGCUGAGUGGACAAAUGUGAAGUUCUUCCAGUUGUCCUCCCAGUGGCAGACACAGAUCAAAUCCUUCCCUAUCUCUCUUUUCAGUCUACAAGACUCAAACUUGUGACUCAGUACCCCUCAUGAAUCUUAAAGUUAGCCUUUUUUCAACUCCAGGACACAAACGACAACAAGCAUCAGCAGUUGUAACAUCACAAUGUAAAGUUUGACACCACAAGCAAUAAAAGCCACUGAACAAUCUCACAUAGUGAUCCAAUUCUUACAACUGUUUUCAUUCCUUAAAGAACAUUGUAAUUGGCAAACACAAGUACAUUAGGUUUAAACCCGUCUGUAUUACAAACUGAAACUAUUGUAUGAACACAUUAUUAGGUUUGGUAUGUGAACAGUUUCGGUUUGUUGUAAAGACAUGAUUAUGAUCAGAAGGAUGAAGAUAAUUUUAAAGAAACUCUGAUCAAAAUGUGACUCAAGUUAGGUUAACCUGAAACUUAAAUAAAAUUUCCCAGAGGGCUUUGGACAGUUCAAAGGAUAAGCAAAUAGAUUUUAGUCAACAACCCCUGAUCUCAUGUCUGAAAUAUUGUGUUGUCUGCUGUAAAAUUUUGAAGUGAAAAAAAAUAGAUGUUACGGACUUUUAUGUGUAGGCCUAUGUGGUACCUGAAAUAUGGCAUGCUCAGCACUUUUAACUUGGAAAUAAAUAAUUCUGUCAGUUAAAUAAAUACCAGGUUGACAGCCCUUUAUCCGAAAUUCCGAAAACCGAAAAGCUCUGAAAACCGAAAGUUUUUUUUGUGGGGCUUUUUUUUUUUUUUU